AUGCCUGCCCACGACUCAAUCCCACUCGACGCUCCGCUGCCGGCUAUCUCGGCCGUGGACGACUUGAAUCAAGCGCAAUGGGACAUUAUUCUUGCCAUUUGCGAUGCUAUGAUUCCAGCCAUUCAGCCCGCUGCGCUCUCAAGUAACCCUGGCCAAUCAGCCAGUCAUGCUCUGGAUGAACAGCAACCCCUUAUUGUCUCUAAUUUCCAGUCAUUUGAGGCGCAAAAAAAUAUCACUCAAGAAUAUCUUCAUGAGAUCCCUUCGGCAAUUCCGGAGUUUCGGCAUCUUUUGCGCAGAACCUUGCUUGAUGGUCUCUCGUCGACAGAUAAGACACAGCUCCUUCGAGUGCUAAAUCUCCUCAGCUACACGGCCGUUUCGGCAUUACUCACCGGUCGGACGACUAUCAUCUCCGAGCAGCCAAUUCAUAUUCGCGAACAAAUCCUCCAAGGCUGGGCGACGUCUCGAUUUGGAAUUUUGCGUCUCUUUCAGCGUCAACUUGGUCUCCUGGCAAAAGAGGUAUGGGUCCGCACCACUCCAACCCUCCGCCCAAUGCUGGGACUCCCCCGCGUACCAGUCAACUGUACUUUGGGAGAAGGGCAUCAAUACAACUUCAUCCAAGUACCUCCCGGAGAAGGCGAUGAAAUUCUCGAGGCAGAUGUGGUGAUUGUUGGAAGCGGUUGCGGCGGAGGCGUGUGCGCGAAAGAGUUCGCCGAGGCAGGUCUCAGAGUCAUUGUAGUGGACAAAGGACACUACUGGUCGCCAGAAUACCUCCCCAUGACUGAGGAGCAAGGUCCGAGUCAGAUGUUCAUGAAUGGAGGCCACUUAAUAUCGGACGACGGGUCAGUAUGUGUCGUGGCGGGCGAGACCUGGGGCGGCGGCGGUGCCAUCAAUUGGUCCGCUUCGCUUCAACUCCAAGGAUAUGUCCGACGUCAAUGGGCAGCCACAGGACUGCCGUUCUUCACAUCAACGGCCUUCCAGCGAUCCCUUGAUCGGGUCUGUGAGACCAUGGGGGUAUCUACCCAGCACAUCCAGCACAGCAAACCCAACAAAUCCCUCCUGGAAGGAUCGCGAAAGUUGGGUUGGGCGCAUAGCGAAGUGCCCCAGAAUACCGGCGGUGCAGAACACAGUUGCGGCCACUGCAGCAUGGGAUGUCGAUCUGCGGAGAAACAAGGACCGGGCGUGGCGUGGCUCCCCAAGGCUGCCGCAGCCGGUGCCAGCUUUCUCGAAGGGUUCACUGUCAAUAACAUCCUGUUCGAGAAUGUCCGAGGCGAGAAAGUUGCCAAAGGAGUACGUGGUGUCUGGAGAGCACGAGACGAGCAUGGAGGCGUGGCUGGUAAGCCCACAACGACACGCAAAGUAACUAUCCACGCAAAGAAAGUGAUCGUAUCCUGUGGCACAUUGCAAUCACCAUUGCUCUUGCUUCGAUCCGGCCUCAACAACCAACACAUCGGCCGCCACCUAUAUCUCCAUCCUGUGUCCAUGGUCGGAGCCAUAUACGAUGAGGAGACCCGGCCUUGGGAAGGCCCGAUCUUGUCUUCGGUGUGCUCUGAGUUCGAGAACCUCGACGGCCGCGGUCAUGGUGUCAAGCUAGAGACCCUAAGCAUGAUACCUUGGUGCUGGCUAACAUGGCUCCCGUGGACUGGCGGCCAGCAGUUCAAGCAGCUAGCUGCCAGACUGGGACACAUGGCAGGUUAUAUCAGUGUUCCCAGAGAUCGAGACACUGGUCGUGUAUACGCUGAUCCAGCGGAUGGGCGAUGCCGGAUUCAAUACCACCCGUCCAAGUUCGACAAAGACAACAUCCUUGAAGGCCUAGCCGCACUGUCUCGAAUCAACUACGAGGCCGGGGCCCGUGAGAUCUUCACAAUUGUGCCAGGUAUGGAGACAUACUUGCGCCGCGACCAGGAUGACUCGAGUGCUCCCACCGAAACCAAGGCCGAGGAAGCGGUUGACGCAGAGUUUGAGCAUUGGAUGGCGGGAUUACGUUCCCAUGGCUUCCCUUCUCCUCAGUCUUUCUUUGUUUCGGCCCACCAAAUGGGGACAUGCCGGAUGGCUGCUACGCCGAAGGCUGGUGUAGUGGGUGAAGAUGGUCACGUCUGGGGAACCAAGGGUCUUCACGUGGUUGACGCAAGCGUGUUCCCCACGGCCAGCGGUGUAAAUCCGGCUGUCACUGUGAUGGCCAUUGCAGAUCACUUGAGCAGAUCGAUUGUGGCGAAUUGGACAAGGGAAAGGUUGUAA